CUUCUGCCGACGGCGGCGGCAUUGACGGCGGCAUUUUCGAGCUAGCGGUUCGUUCGUUUCGCGCGGAGUGAUUGUGGCGUUUGUGCUGUGCUGUGUUCUGUCGCGUACUACUCGCGUUAUCAACCCUCCCCCGGGGUUAGCGCUUGGAUAACCGAUCCAGAAGCCGGAAAAGUGGAAUUGUUUCACUUUCCGCCGCGCUGCCUGCAAAAAAAAAAAACAAACAAUAGCAUCCAGGUAUUUCCAUCUGGUUUUGCAUUGCUUCCGGCUGUCCAAAACUGACGCAAAAGCCCCGCUGGCAACGUCCGGACGUCCGGUGUGUGCAGUGCGUAAAGCGUCCCUCCCUUAGCAGCGCAGAAACAUUGUUGCUUGCGUGAAUCGCGAAUGUGUGGUUGAGCAAAAGCGGUACGUUGGUUGGUUGCGUCAGCUCGGGUGCGUUUGUGUGCGGGAAUCUUUUAUGUUGUGCCCGCAGUGGAGAUAACAAAAAAAAAUGAUAAAAUUCCGCUGCAACCGGCCAUGCAAAUAGCCCGAAGCCCGGACAGCGGAACUGCUGUUUGCGUGUCCGUGUGUGUACUGCUGCAGUGAAUACGGCGAAUGAAGGCAACGGUGGAUUUGGCUUAAACUUAUCCUUGGUUGGGUAGAAGUGAAUGUGAGUGAGUGUGUGUGUGUUUCAGGGGGGUGAUUAAAUGCCGCUGGCGGUAUGCGGCUGUGUAGGAAGGGCGCAGCAAAAAAUGGAGGCCCGCUAACCGUAACCGUGUGUGUGCGUGGUGCAUUUGUGUUUCAGCGAAAAUGAUCAAAUAUUCAUGCUAAUGGUGAUGAUGAUGAUGAUGAUGAUGAUGCUGAUGAUGCUGUUGCCUGAUGGUGGUGAUGUUGUGCGAAGAUCUUUGUGCGAUAGCCGUGUGGCGUAAAGUGUGGGUAUGUGAGCUUUCCCCCCAGAAGCUUUAAGAGCCCCAGCAAUGAAGUGUAAAUUUCAUCCAGUGGGGAAAUAAGAGUGUAUUUGCCGUUUGGUGUGACAUCCUUCUGUGGAAGGCGGAAAGGAAAAAAAAGAGAUCCCACAAAGUAUUAAAGAAAGCUCCCUUUCGUUAUCAAACAUCGAGAUAAAGGGCUGCUUUUUGGAGGUUACAGCAAAAGGGGAAGUUGUCAGGAAUUUCAUCGCCAACCAUCUUCUCCGGCCAGAACAGCUGUAAUUUCCCCCCUGGCCGUGGCCGUUUAGUCGAACACAGAAAAGAGGAAGCAAAACAGACUUUAUCAUCUUAAACAUCGACUGAGGAAAAAGGAAUUAUAAUACACUGCCUGUUUUUAUUUGCAUUCUUCAGUUGGUAUAUGUUAUUCGUAUGGUGCUGUGCAAAGAUUAACGAAAGUGAAUUGGCGGCGGGUGUGGAACCGUCUAGAGAUAAUUUCUACUCCAUUAUGCAGUGUUCGGUGUACGGGUGGAAUUGAAUUGGCAACCGAGUAAGGAAUAUUAAUUGCACCCGUGAAUUGAAUCCGUCGAAUUUACUGGCGCGCUCGCGAGCCGGAUAAGAACGGCAUGCCGAGUGGGGCAGGUGCUUGCCGUCAUCCUAGCCGGACCCGCCCCAUACCGUGUUGUUCGUCGCGUGUGUAGAAUGGCCGAUCCUCACGUGGGGAACCGGUAAUGUUCCCCCAUUCGUUAACCGCACUGUACAAUGCAGGCCCACGAUGGGCCAAAGCGAUCCUACCGCCACGACCGUCAGCAGCAGCAGCAGCCGGAACCGGAGGUGAGCAGCCGUGUCACGUCCUGUGCGGGGUUCGUGCUGCAAACGAAACUCGUCCCAGCCCGUGCCACGAUCUGGCUGUGGGUGCUGUGGUGUGCCUGCAGCUUCGCCGUCGCUCCUGCCCGGGCCGGACCGCGCUACAGCUCGCGCAUCGUCGAUACAAAGUCGGGCGCCAUUCGGGGCGUCAUUCUCGAGCUCAACUCCAAGCACCUCGAGCCAGUGGAGGUUUUUAAAGCAGUGCCGUACGCAACCCCUCCGAUAGGAAGUUUACGUUUUGAGCCACCCAAGAAGCUUCCGCCGUGGAAGGGAACGAAGCUAGCGGAUACGUUCGGUUCGGUCUGUCCACAGAGCUUCCCCGACAUCAGCAAUCGGACGGCGGCACUGCUCUCGAUGCCGAAGGGGCGUUACCAGCAUCUGAAGCGACUGCAGCCACUGCUAGCGAACCAGAGCGAGGACUGUCUGACGCUCAACAUUUACGUCCCCGGAAGUGGAAGCCGCGGACUGGAGGCACCGUACUCAAUUUUCUUCUACAUUCACGGCGAAGCGUACGACUGGGGUUCCGGCAAUCCGUACGACGGCUCGGUACUGGCAAGCUACGGUCACGUCAUAGUUGUUACAGUCAAUUUUCGUUUAGGAAUACUCGGUUUUCUAAAAACUCGUGCCUCACUGUCACCCGGUUCCGGCGGUAAUCUAGGAUUAAUGGACAUCAUUCUCGCUCUGCAGUGGGUUCGAGAUAACAUAGCGUCGUUCGGUGGCGACCCGAAGCGCAUCACCAUCGUCGGCCACGAUACGGGGGCCGCGCUCGCGAAUCUCGCCCUUAUCUCCAAGGCGGGCAAGGGACUGGUACAGCGGGCGAUCCUGCUGAGCGGCUCGGCACUCAGCCCGUGGGCACUCAUCCCGGACCCGGACGCGGUACGGCUGGAGGUGUCGCAGCAGAUGGCAUGCCAUCUCGUGCCGGGCCGGAACGGUCGCAAGCCCACCACCGACGACAUUACCGAAUGCCUGCGGGACAAGCCAAUCGAGGCGCUCAUGGGUGUGCGGCUCACCAGCGUGCGCUUUAUGCCCUCCUGGGGCCCGUUCCUGCCGCUGGAGGACUCGAUGGAUCCGGAGUUCGCGAUGGAACACUCCGGCGAGGGCUUCAUUACGAGCGAGCUAAUGCUGGGCAUGACCACGACCGAAAGCUACAGCGACUUUAGCGCGUCUGACAUUCAGUACGGGCUCGAGGAAGACCAGCGAAACAGGCUGCUGCGGACGUACAUUCGCAACGCGUUCACGUUUCACCUGAACGAGAUAUUCUCCGCCGUCCGGAACGAGUACACCGACUGGGACAAACCGAUCCAGCACCCAAUCAAUAUCAGAGAUUCGACCAUGGAAGCGUUGAGCGAUGGCCACACGGUGGCACCGAUCAUUAAGGUCGCAUAUCUGCAUGCAAGACGUGGCGCAAAGACGUACAUGUUUCACUUCGGCUACCAAAGCAAGGAGAGUGAAUAUCCGCAGCGGCUUGGGAGCGUGCGGGGCGAAGAUCUGCCGUACAUCUUCGGGCUGCCGCUGGUGCAGGGCGGGCCGGUCUUUCCCCAGAACUACUCGCGCCAGGACAUGGGCGUCAACGAAGCGGUGCUCAACUUCGUGACCAACUUCUGCAAAACGGGCGACCCGAACGAGGCCGGCCACCAGCAGGCGGCCCCGCUGCAUCCCGACUACGGUACGGCGAAGGAGCGGACCCGCUUCCGGUUGAUCACGUGGGAAACGUACGAAACCACCACGCAGCAGUAUCUGAGCAUCUCGACGAAGCCAAAAAUGCGUAGCCACUAUCGGGGGCACAAGAUGGCACUCUGGUUGAACCUGAUUCCGCAACUUCAUCGUCCGGGCGAUCCGGAAGUUUCCAUGCGACACCAUCACUUCCGCGAACGGGAACCCCACUACUAUGCCGGUUCGGUACGUGCGGAAUCGUUCAGCCGGCCGCGAUCGCUCUACCAGAACGGUGUCAUCAACGAUGCGCAGGAAUCGCGCCAGGAAUCGUUCGGCACCGAGUGCACACCGGACCCGACGAUGGGCGAGGUGCUGCAGGAAAAUGGCGUCGGGGGCGGCGGUGGCGGCGGUCCCGGCGACACCCUCACGAACGUGCUCAGCGAGGAGGAGGAGGAGGAGCUGCUGGAGAAGCUCGCCAACCGGCAUUACUACAGCUAUACGGCAGCGCUGGGUGUGACGGUGGGCGUCGGCUGUCUGUUGCUGCUGCUCAACAUGUUGAUCUUUGCCGGUAUCUACUACCAGCGCGACCGCACGAAACGGAAAUCGCAAACGUCCCAGUCGAGCGGAACGGUCGGCGGCAGUGGCGUUACCAGCGGCACAUCCGCCUCCCUCUCGGGCAGCAACGGAACGCCGGACGAGUCGGAAAUUCCGCUCACCAGCAUACCGAGUCCGUCCCCGGUCAAGGCGAAGCGUACGAUCGAGCCACCGCCCAGUUACGCGACACUGCCGAAGCGAACCGGCAACAAUGGGGCAUCCACGGGCAUCCACCAUCAGCACCAGCACCAUCACCAUUUGCAUCAGCAUCUGGCGGGCGGCUCGAGUGGGACGAAAGAGACCAAGCUGGGAUCACCGCCCACGUCCACCCAUCUUCGGACGGGGGCCAGCACACUCGGCCGCUCCGGGACGGGGAGUUUCUACGACUCGUCCACCAGCAGCCGGCAGCAGCAGCAGCCGUAUUCGACACAACAGGUAAUCGCACCGCACAGCACCAACGUCGGCCACACGGCAGUGACAAUAACGCCGGCGGCUGCCACCGUCAGCCACCAUCAGACGCUUCCCCGGGCAAGCAAAGCGCCCCUUCCACCGAUCCGUUCGACGACCUGCAGCAGUAGCAGCGCCUCCUCGUCCUCCGGCACCACGUCCACCUCCGUCGUUCCGCUCACUUCCAUCCUUGUAAAUAGCAACAGCACCACCACCAACAACAACAACAACCAUCAGCCCCAUCACUAUCAGCAACAGAGCUGCGAAAUGGCGAACGCCACCCUGCCACCGCAACCAAACAGCAGCGUCAUCACGGUGGAUCUGGUAAGCUCAGCCACGGUGGUGGCGGCGGCAGCCACCGGAAGCAGCCCACCAACUGUGCUGGGUCAGCACCAGCAUCAGCACCACCAUCAUCAUCACCAUGCGCACCAUCAUGCGAGCGGAAGUGGAUCGGUUACCACUGGCAGUGGCCCGGCUGGUGGCGGCCCUGCGGCUCCGGGCAGUACGGCCACGCUCAAGAAACGCGUCCAGAUCCAGGAGGUUACCGUAUAGCAUCGGUACAGCACAGCUGACGACGACCAGGAAGCUGUGUGAAGACAUAAAUGAGCGUAACGCGCGCUACAGUAAUGCGGGAACGAGAUGCCUGCCAGCCUUCAGCGGCAGACCGAUCGAUCGAAAAGGGUAAAUAAGAUAAGUGGGGUGCUUGCAUUAGUUUUUUUCGUGCUUUUUCUUUAUGCAGUUGAUUGGCGAUGCAAUAAUUCUUCCUUCAUUUCUCACUUAGACUUGGGGGUGAUCGUCGAGCACCGAAAAAAGAACAUUAAUUCAAUCGAUUGGAAACAUUUUCAGCCAUUUCACCAUUUUCCAAUCAAUAAAUCUUUCCAUCUUCAUCUUUGCUGUUGGCAAGAAAACAGAGCGCGAGAGCUGGGAGAGAAAUGGAACCCUUGACCGAUUCUUGAAAGCGAUUUUGCUCGAAGUGCAACAAGUAGAGCCUGUGUUCUUUUUUACCUCCCUACUGCUGUUGGGCUGAGCUUUUCGACUUUUCGCUCCCCGCCAGAAAAAGAGCUGGCAAGAUUAGUGCUCGCAGAAAAAGCAAGCCACCUUUAUUCUGCAGUGCUGUCUUGCUGAUCCCUUUUUCCCCCUGCUACACCCAAUGUUUGCCCCGUUCGAUCGAUUGCUGGUGCCCCGAAGGUCAACGGGCCCAAAUAGCCAAACGUACGACGAGAAGCACGGGCUGGAAGAAAAUCUCAACUGUAAAUACAAGACACGAUACCGCCCGGGAAGAGAAUGGUGGGAGCAAGGGAGGGAUACAUCUAGGCGAUCCCUUUUCUGUCCCUUUUUUGCUUGCUCGGACCCGCCACUCGGACCGGUACAGGUGAGCUUCCGGUCAAAAAAGAUCCCCCUUGGGGUAUGUGGAAGAUAUGAAGGAUAGGGAAGACGCUGAUGGUGAAUUUUAAGACCGUGUGAACGUGAAGCUCGUGUUUAAAGCUAUUCCUGAACAGAAAAAAGGGUUCCCAGAAGUUACCCGCCACGGAGUUGGGAUGGGACAUUUUAAGGAAUUGAGCCACGCGCAAGAGUCGAGCGCGUGGAAAGCGGUUGUAAUUGAAAUUUUAAAUCUAUCAAAGAUCUAACGGCUGGCUUGGGAAAUUGCCAACUGGAAAGGAAAGUAGAAGUGUUGUAGAUACAAUGUAGUGAAGUGAAAGGAAAUUAUCCGUUUUCGUUCGAGUGUGUACAGAGCUUGCAGGAAAAUGCAGCGAAUUGAUGCGUUAUUUCAAUCCUUCCAUCCCCUGUCCGCAUCCCUUGCAAUUCCUUUUUCCCAUGUUAGACUCCCUCUAGCCUCUCCAACCCGGUACGUAAGAAGAAAAAAGCAAAGACUGUUCAACCGCGUCAGCAGAUGCAGGGGACGGUUAAAGUGAACAGCUUUUUUUAGUUUUAGAGUCUAUUUAGCAAAAAUCAUUAGUGAAAUCGUUAGUGUAAACGAUCGAGGGAUUGAGUAAUAGUUAUGGUAACUAGGUGCAAUCGAUUUAAACAUUAUUUGCAAAGCAAACUAUACUAUUUAACACGAUUUGAAACGAUCGCACCGUGCGAGGAAUUAAGGAAUUAUUUGCAAGAAAGCGUCUCACGAGCGACGUACGUUUGUACAUAAAACAAACACAUUCACCUGCAAGAGAAGUACCAUUUGCGAUCAAUAAUAUCUAAAAAAACAACAACAAAGGGGUCAGCUUUAUUGUUCAUCACAACGCUGAAGAGGAACAAAUGACACAGGAAGCAAAAAAGAACAAAAUCAAGAAACAUUACAAUGUUAGGCAAACGUUUUAUAAAGAUGCGAUAAAGAGCUACGAUCAGCUCCCGGGGAACGUUUCGACUGGCCGUGAAGGAGUCGUCAUCCAUGUUUACACACAAACACUCAUACUAAUACACGCUCAUAAAUACACACACACACACACACACACACACACACACGUACACAAAUCCUCUCAUCAUACACAGAAAAAGAAAUACAGAGCACGGGCGUUCGCUGUAAGUGCGCUGGUGGUACGACGACGCCCUGUUACUCGCGUGGGGCUUUAUCAAAACGAUCGAUCGUUGACAGUGACAGUUUUGGGUUGGCGAAGAGCCCAGCGAAGAGCGGUGGAGAUGAUAAUAAUAAAUGUUUCAACGCAGCAAAAAGACACAAAUACAUAAA